UCCAUAACCUUAGGUUCUCCAUCCCCACACCCCACUGCUGGUGGCGCUCCUUAGCUUGCUGCCACAUGAGCUCGCCCGUCCUCCCGCUUCCCACCUCCACGCGCCGACGAUCGACCCGCCUCGCAUGGCCGACGGGCGGUACUCCACGCUGACCAGGCUGGGCUUCGGCGCCCUGGCCUUCAACUCGGCGCUCGCCGUCUACAACUCCUGGGGCGACGCGGCCUCCGUCGCCUUCGUGCUCGCCGCCGACGCCGCCCUCGCCCUCCUCUUCCUCUGCCUCCGCGAGUUCGAGCGCCGGCCCGGCGGGGGACGAAGAAGGAGCAGCAUCAAGGCCGCGGUGUGGGCGCUGACGACGCUGCUCAUCGCCAUGUUCGCGUCCCGGGUGGCGCCGCUCAUGCCGCCGCCCGUGGCCGCGCUGGUGUGGGCGAUGGCCGUCGCCACGGCCGCCGCCGGCUUCUGGGCCUUCUUUCUUUCCUAAUCGAUCAUUCAGUUGCAAUCGGAUUUAUCAUCUCCUGUUGUACUUGCCACCGGGAUUCAUUUGAUUGCUUUGUCAGUUCCCA